AGUAUACAGGAUAUGGGCAACACCAAUGGCAGGCGGCUUUAUGAGGCCAACCUUCCAGAAAGCUUCAGAAGACCUCAAACAGACCAAGCAGUGGAAUUCUUCAUCAGGGAUAAAUAUGAGAAGAAGAAAUACUACAGCAAGAAUGUGACCAAUGGAAGCAGUCCAAAAGAUGCUAAGAAAGAGAAGGAGCCGGACCGAGGAAGCAAGGUGUCAUCUUACGCUAAGAGUGAAGCGCCCAGGCCAGUCCCCAAAAUCAGCCCCGCUAAGACUUCAGAACCAUCUGUGAACCUACUAGGCCUUGACAUACCAACAGCUGCAGCAGCUAACAAUGGUAGCAUAAGCACAAGCCAGAACAACAAUGACCUGGAUAUAUUCGGCCCAAUGGUCUCAAACCCUCUCCCCGCCUCCUCAUCCGUAGCUCAGUUUCCUCAGGUGAGCUCCAGUAACGCGGCCAGCCCUCCCACACAAACCCCAGCGGCGGCGGGGGGGGGAGCCAGCUCGGGGUCAGGGCAGGGGGACCUGGACCUGUUCAGCGACAGCAGCAGCUCCACUAAGACUGAAGACGGGGCCAAGAAGCCGCUGUCCAAGGACUCCAUCCUGUCCCUGUAUGGAACCAACAGCAUGUCCCAACAGGCGCCCGCUGCCGGCAUGUUCAUGGGCCCCUCCCAGAUGCAGUUUCCUGUGCAGGCUGCUGGAGGUUAUCAGGCCUUCCCUGGCAUGGGCACGGCCAUGCCGCCUACAACCGUCAUGGGCGCCAUGAUGGGACCCAGUCCAGGCAUGAUGGUCGGGAUGACAAUGCCUAAUGGCUUCAUGGGGAAUGCGCAGGCUGGCGGGGUGAUGGGCAUGGCGCCGAGGAUGAUGGGACCACAGGGCGGGGCGAUGCCUGCAGGCAUGGUGCCGGCUCAGGGCAUGUACGCCAUCCAGCCCGGGCAGCAGGGGCAGUGGAACAUGGGUCAGGUGAAUCAGCAGAUGUCCGGGUUGGCCCUGAACGGUGCGGGGGGGCAGAUGGCUUUCGCUCAGCCUCCCUCAGCUAUGAGUGGGUGGGCCGCCAACGGAUCUGGCCAGACCCUGAGCACACAGCUAUGGAAGUGAGCCUUUGAGCGAGCCGUCAGUCGGGCAGAGUAAGAGUCGAGGUUUCAGAAAGUGCAAAAUAUAUCUUGUGCUUCUCUGCUCCUCACAGUGAACUGAUGCCCAUUUCCAGCCUUCAGAACAUGAAAAUUGUAUCUCCUUUUUUUCCCUUCUCCCUUUCUCUGUCUCUCUUUCUCUCUAUUGUGUGAGUGGAUUGGGAGUCCUACAGGAGUACAGCCUGGCAGCUUCUGCCUGUCGUAUGGUUUUUGAUCAUAACUUUUAUUUUCCUUUUUUGGAAGAAAAACAAAAUGACAAGGAAAUAACAGUCCCAACAAAAAUGAUAUCGACAUAUCGGAAAAGCUGCAGGACCAGUUAAACAAGCUUUUAUUGUAUCAUUGUAUCAUUAUAAGAAUAUAGAACAUUUAAAUGAAUAGUAUUUAAAGGGAGAAGACAUGACUAUCAAGUCUGUCAGUACAGUUCCCAAAUGUACAGCGAUGUAUAACCUUCUUUUAAAGUACUUGUGGUUCCCCCAUCAAAUUAAAGUGAUAAUAAAUGACUUGCUUUGA